AUCAUGACGUCGGCGGAUAGGGGUCGUGCCUGGCAACCGGAGGCCAUUCUUUGAUUUAGCAACAGUAGAGCGAUUUUUAUCAUCGCUCGUUAGUGCUGCUGCGGAUUAAUUACAAGUGUUUUAUUUCAAUUUUUUGGAUUUCUGUGCAAGUAUUUUAAAAUGUAGUGGUUAUAAAGAAAAAUGAGGUGUGUGAGGCGUUUAUUUGUUCGUAAACGAUGGAAUUAUGACAGCUAAAAUAAAACCUCUGCUUGUGCAGCAGCGUCCACCGCUGAUUUCAACUACAAUGUACACACACACAAUUGAAGGUAGCCACUCGCACCAUCUCCCACCAUUGGCUAGUCAGACAGUUGGUGGUGGGAGUAGUGGUCAUGGUGUACGUGUCCAGCAGUUAUUUGAAGACCACAAACAUCACACAGAGAAGCGCGAAGUUAUUCAAAAUGGCGGCGGUGGGGACGACCAGUCCCUAUCUCAAGUCCCUCGUCCAAGUUCUAGUGCUGGUAGCACUGGGAGCAAAGGCUCUGGUGUUAGAAGAGGAAACAGGAUGAGCCCAGAGCUAGCGAUGAAGCAAUACAUGCACAAACUCAGUUCAUAUGAACAUCAUGAAAUUUUUAGUUAUCCAGACAUUUAUUUUGUUGGUCAGAGUGCCAAAAAGAAGCAAGGAGUCAUAGGAGGAUCAAACAACAAUGGGUAUGAUGAUGAAAAUGGAUCCUAUGUGCAUGUGCCUCAUGACCAUAUAUCAUAUCGCUUUGAAGUCCUGAAAGUUAUUGGAAAAGGUAGCUUUGGUCAGGUAGUCAAAGCUUAUGAUCAUAAAACUCAAAUACAUGUUGCUUUAAAAAUGGUAAGGAAUGAGAAACGCUUUCAUCGACAAGCCCAAGAAGAGAUUAGAAUUUUGGAACAUUUGAAAAAGCAAGAUAAAGAUAACAAUAUGAAUAUUGUUCACAUGUAUGAAAAUUUUACAUUUAGGAACCACAUCUGUAUUACUUUUGAGUUGCUUAGCAUGAACUUGUAUGAACUUAUUAAAAAGAACAAAUUCCAGGGCUUUAGUCUACAGUUGGUCCGAAAGUUUGCUCACUCAAUCCUGCAGUGCCUGGAUGCCCUCUUUAAGAAUCGAAUAAUUCAUUGUGAUCUCAAGCCUGAGAACAUUUUGCUCAAGCAACAAGGCCGGAGUGGUAUUAAAGUUAUUGACUUUGGUUCAAGUUGCUACGAGCAUCAGAGGAUCUACACUUACAUUCAGUCACGGUUUUAUCGUGCUCCAGAAGUAAUUGUUGGUGCCAAAUAUGGAAUGCCUAUCGAUAUGUGGAGCUUGGGUUGUAUUCUUGCUGAACUUUUGACUGGCUAUCCCCUGUUUCCAGGUGAAGAUGAAGGUGACCAGCUGGCGUGUAUUAUUGAGCUGCUUGGCAUGCCUCCGCAGAAGCUUUUGGAUCAGGCGAAGAGAGCUCGCAAUUUUAUUUCAUCUAAAGGAUAUCCAAGGUACUGUACUGUUAACACAUUGCCUGAUGGCAGCACAGUGUUGCAAGGCGGACGUUCACGAAGAGGAAAAACGCGAGGUCCACCUGGGUCUAAAGAUUUAGUCACAGCUCUAAAAGGUUGUGAUGAUCCUAUGUUUUUGGAUUUCAUGCGGCGAGCUUUAGACUGGGAUCCUCAAAAUCGCCUUACACCUACUCAGGCAUUGCGUCAUGCCUGGCUGAGGCGACGUCUUCCCAGACCCCCAGCUUACAACGGAGAAGUGAAAUCUGAAUCUGCAUUGAGGAGAAAUUCUUCCGGCAACCGCAGCUCAGGCAUGCCAAAAUUGGCAAAUGGGACAAUAGCCACUGCCAGUGGAAAAUCACGCCAACUUGCUAUUCAAGAUGACUUAGCAUCACAGCUGAACACUAGAACAAAGUUACCCCAAAUAGGAUCUACAAUGUAGAGCUUCAUUUGAAACAUAUUGUUAUAAUUUCUUAUGAAAUACAAAAAAUGAAUCUAGUAAUAUUAUAUAUAAAAAAGCUAUUUUGGUAUAAUGUUUUGAAAUUGUUUAUGUUGCUAUUGAUAUAUUAUUUCUCUACACUUUUACAUCCACCACCAAAAUAUCAAACACUUUUUAUAUGGGACUUCCAAUUGUUCUAAGGCAAACUUAAAGUUAAAAACUUAAUCACUAGUUAGUGUGUGGAAAAAAAAAAAAUUAUGACUUGGGAUUCUUUUGAAAUGUCUAAAAGAAAAUACUUACAAAUAGUAAUAUUUAUAAUACCUAUCAGAGUUUAAUUUUUGUAUGUAUUGCGUCAAUGGCAGUUAUAACAUUUUAAACCUAUGGAGGCUUAGUAUGAAUUCUCCAUUAUUAAAAACGGUAGUUAUCAGUUCACUUUGUCUUAAUUAAAUUUUUCAAGAAAAAUUUGGUCUUUUAAACCUAUAUUUUUAUCCCAAUCAUAAAUUAUUAAUUGCUUAAAUAAAGUUUUACAUCUCAUUUUACAAACUAUCAGUACACAUGACUAUUUUCUUAUUCUAUAAUAUCUUGUUGUUAUUACCUAACGAAUUGACUAAUAACCCCUCCUUAAGACAUGUAGCAGUCAAAUAUAUUUGGUCAAUUUUUGACUUAAAGAUACAAAAAAAAUUUUUUUUCUUUAAUACAGGUACCAAAAAUUGAAUGUUUUAUUUUAAACGUAUUGUAUUUGAUACAUAUAUGCUUUACUG